AAGUCCCUGCUCCUCCUCCUCCAGGAAAGGGUACCUGCUCCAAACUUCCUGGUUCUCUCCUGGAGAAGCCUUCCUCCUUCUGUGAGCCAAACUACUCAAGAAACACACAACAUGACAACCCUCCUCCGCAGACUUGUAGGUCCCAGGGGCUCAUCGAGCCGGUGGAUGGGCGUGAUUCUGCGGGAAACGCACGGCAGAACUGUCCAUCUGAUUCCCCGGGACGGAGCGCGUCUGCUGGCCGGUGGCGAUCGCCCUCUGACGGCGUGCAGUCGCGCACACAGCCGCAGGCAGCACACGGAGGCGGCGAAACCUGUGGAGGUGGAUGUGAAGCGGUUAGAUGGAGAAGACGAUGGUGUAGUGGAGGUGUUGAUGUGCCGACACAAGGCAAGAAACGCCCUGGGCCAUGUGUUUGUGUCACAGAUGAGGGAGCUGGUGUCCACUCUGUCCAGUGACUCAGCAGUGCGUGUGGUUGUCUUCAGGAGUUUGGUGCCAGGUGUUUUCUGCGCAGGUGCAGACCUGAAAGAGAGAGCUCUGAUGAACAACACUGAGUCUGAUCUGUUUGUUCACGGCCUGCGAUCCCUCAUGACUCAGAUAGCAUCGUUGCCCAUGCCGACCAUUGCAGCGAUGGAUGGCGUUGCCCUCGGAGGUGGGUUGGAAGUGGCCUUGGCCUGUGACCUUCGCACUGCCGCAUAUUCCGCACAGAUGGGUCUGAUUGAGACGACACGGGGGCUGCUCCCGGGGGCGGGGGGCAGUCAGCGGCUGCCGCGGAUGGUGGGCAUCACUCUGGCCAAGGAGCUCAUCUUCACAGGUAGGCGUGUGGGAGGGCAGACAGCUCUGGAGAUGGGGCUCGUAAACAGAGCUGUAGAACAGAACCAGACAGGAGACGCUGCCUACAGAGAGGCACUCAGCCUGGCUAGAGAGAUACUGCCCCAGGGUCCCAUCGCUGUGCGGAUGGCAAAAGAGGCAAUGAACAGAGGCGUUGAGGUUGACAUCGGUUCAGCGAUGGCAAUAGAGAGGAUGUGUUAUGCUCGGGUCAUCCCAACACGGGACAGACAGGAGGGUAUGGCUGCCUUCAUAGAGAAGAGACCCCCACGGUACACUGGGGAAUAAACUUGUCAUGAUAAGUAGUUAACUCCCAUUGAUAGUGUUUGUGAUCGCUCACCAGUGUCAAUACAUUAGUUAAGGUCUCUGUGAGUUCUCAAAGGUGACCAUGUAAUAUGACAAAAGUAGAUUUGUACUGUUAUGUACUGUUAACAUAUUUCAUGUUUGGAAUAAAAAGACAACUGCAUCAUG